AUUGUUUCAGAUUCCUCAGGGACUUUCACUAUUGACAGCAAUGGGGUAAAGGGCCAAGGAACAUACACGGUUAUCAAUGGCGUGGUGGAUAUAUCGAUAGGCCUGAAACUAGAGACAGGAACUACAUCAUGCGGGCCAAAUGAUGGAGUCAGCACUUUGACGGCAUCGCUGCCAAACCCUACACCUAUCGCGUCAACAAAUAAUGAGGCUCGCUCGUCACCAACUCCAAACGCUGAACCUACUUCGUCAGUUUUUCCAAACACUGGACACAUCUCUUCUCUUCGUCCUAACCCUGAGUCAUCCUCCAUGCCUCAUCCAAGCAAUGAGCCAAACUCAUCACCCAUUGAGAGCAGUACCCUUCUUUCCAGCAGGGAAACAGCUCAAAUGGCCCCAGAAAUCAUUCUCACGCCAUAUGGUAACAGGACUUUCGUGUUUUCUAACUUAACAAAUAUGCAACCUGUAAUAUUUUGGGUGGGUUUGGUCCGAUUUAUAGCCAGUAAGAUAAUGAUGAUGAUGAUGAUGAUGAUGAUGAUCAUAAUCGCGAUGAUGAAAACAAUGACUAUAACUUUGCAAUUUGAGCUUUGAAGUACAGCGAUACAAUAUAAUUUCUAUUCAGCUAAGAACCUAUAACACCUACCCAAACACAAUAAAUAAGAAAGGUUAUUCAACGCCAGAAUUUCAUAAAUUCUAAAUCUUUUCAUAGAUAAACAAUUCAUCGAUGAUAUGGUGACUGUCCACAAUAAACUUCGGUCGGUCCACUUCUCCCCACCUAUUCAGAGCAACGAAGAAAUGUCCUUAGAGGCCAAAAAACUCGCUCUUACUCUUGCCAGUGAAAAGGACCUUCGACACUCCUUACCUUCUGAAAGACCUAACCAAGGUGAAAGUUUGGCCAUGGGAUGUACUACUGCGUCUGGACCGGGGAUUUCGGCAGCCGAAGCCAUCAAAAAAUGGUACCUGAAUAUAUAUUUAUUUUGCAUAUGUUCAGUGUCAAACGAGUACUAAGCUUUUUUUUUUAAAUUAGUUUUAAAGCAAUCAGGUAUAAUUGAUCAAAGGAAAUGAUCCCCUUUUGCAAGAUUCACUUUUUGCUCACUAGAGGACUUUCCCGCAUUUUCUUCGUGUUUUUUCUGAUUUUUUUUCCUGUUUUUGUUUCUUUUUGUAAUUCGCUUUAACCAUAAUAUAUAGAUUUAGCCAGGGCUAAAAGCGAGGCUCCCAUUAGUAAAUUUAUAAUUUAAAUUAAACAAUAAACUUGUAUUCGAAUUCCACAAUUCAGUUAACUUUAGAGCACAUUUAUGUGACUUUUGAGGGAAAGGCUACCUGAUUUUAGAGAAAAAUAAUUUGCAAACAGCCCAAGAGUGAACCAAAUCUUACAUCGAGUUGAUAGCCUCAUAUGUACACUCAAAAACUGGUAAUCAUCUUUUAUCACAUUUAAGAGCCGUAAUGGCUAUUGAUCACCGUAGAUCAAUUAGGCUUAGAAAAAAAACCAGGCCAACGUUUUGGCGUUCGACAAGUUUACUUUGCAAAAUCUUGCCAACAAAUCUGGGUGCGUGUAAACCAACCUUUUAUACCAUGGACAGAAAGCAGUAUUUCACAAUACAAAUUGCUCUCAUUCAAUAUUCAUAAACUGUUAAAAAAUUUUCCAAAAUCACCUAUACGGCCAUCCGGUUCUCACUUUUGUAGUGCGAGCUGUAGCGAGUGUUUGAAUGAACAUUAACAGAGUUACGCUUCAAGAUAAUAAAGAAUUUAUCAUGUUUAUUUUUUAUUUGAUGGUUUAACGCGCGGCAUUUUGAGAACUCCUGCAAGCGAUGUUCACUGAACGACUGAAAACAAUCGGCAUAGCGAUUAAAAUUGCAAGAGAGACUACUAACAAUCAAUAAAAGAAAUAUAAUUCGGUGAAACAUAAACAGAGACAACAAUUUUCAUUCAGGAAGACAAGUAUUAAAGUGUCCCUAAAUAUCCUGAAUCUUCAAGCUUCAAGCUUAAGUUUGCUGAAGUUUAUGUUUUAAGCCAGCUUCCCGGUGUUUGUUUUUUCAAAGACGAACUCGAGGCAAGAAAAUCGCUCAAAGCUUUCUUUUCCGGCUAGAAUUAUAACUGAAGAUUCUUUGGAACAUUUUCUUUCUAUUUGCGGUGAGAAACUGUCUAAAGGCUUUUUAAAGUUCUGUAAGAUUAUAUCAAACCAGAUACUCGGUGAGAUCGUUGUCUCAAAUCUUACAAACGCGCAUAAACUAAAUUCCCGCAUAAACUACGCUCCACUUCAUGAAAUUAGAUACAAAAAACAAACAUGAAAUACAAUAAUUUCUCUGGCUUACCAUUCGAGAUGCAGCUCCUGAAAGUUAUCAGGUAAAGCCAGUAUCGCUUCAGACUUUGCAAUCCUCUUACGCAUCAAGCAAGGUGAAAACGAAAACGAUGCCAUCCGAAAUCGGAUUUCCGACUUUGACAAGCGACGUUUUCUCAACCAAAAACCCAAUAAACAAAGUAGCCAUGAGUAACAGAAGACUCCUGA